AUGUCCGGUGGACUUCCAGAGGGCCGCAUGGAACCCUCCAACGGAUCAGAAACGGUCAGGUUAAGCGACCAGAUGGCAUCGCCAUCGGCCGCAACAGGGUGGGUACUUUACCCCAGUCCUGCACCUCGAGUGCAGGCAGGCUCAGCACCAUCGGGUGCCGUGGCCCUCGAAUGCGGACGUGCCAUGGGUGAGGCCAGUAUUCAGCCGGCCACGCGCAGACGUCCGUCCAAGGUCACCCGGCACAGUCGCUUGCAUCGCAGCAGCCCUACAGGGCCAAUGGGCAUGCACAGAAGUGAAGCAUCCCUAGCGCCUUUGCAACGGGAAACGGUCUGCUUCCAGAAAGUCUUGCGACUGCGGCUGGGGCACAGCAACGGACAACCGACCCUAUCACCGGUCGGCAGGGCAUGGAGGAAGCUUCAUUGGCUGCGCCAGCUCGGGUGCGGCGCGCAAAUUCAAGGUCAGGAUCGGGCCAUAUCCAGAAUGAGGACCUCGGCGACUGGGGCCAACGCAGCAGAACCGGCCCUUUUCUGCUUGGGCUGGCCGCCUUGCUGGAUACGGGCCGCCAUAUUCCUGCCCGAACUUGCGGGCGGGAUGCUUCAGCACAGGGUUGUGGGAAAUGAACGCUGGCGGGCAUCAAACAGCCAGCACGAAAACAGCAAGGCCGGUGGCUGGACUGGACGGCAGUCAAAACAGACAAUCGCGAGGCCUGAGGAUGCCAAGUUUCGUCUCAGACAGGCUGGUGCCCGCAGAUCUACCGCAAGGCCCCGCCGCCUCUCCGCGAGCCGGGGUGUGUGGGAAGAUGGUAGGUCGAGCUCGAUUCCCGUCGGCUUUGGCCUCUGCGACGUUGCAGCCCGUAUUCUCGCCGGGUACAUGUCGGCGUCGGGAGAAGCGCUCCUCUUUGGGCCUGGCGGCGACACCACGACCGGCCAAGACCCAGGGCUGCUGCUGUCGUCGCCGCUACUGCUGGGCUAG